ACUUUCUGCCUUUGCAAUCUGCAUUGCCAGAUCUGACAAACAAUUACAGGCGCAGGUUGCUUCUCCGAUGAAGUCCUAAUCGGUCGGAGCGGCGGGGCUCCAACGAAUCACUGCCGUCGUUUUCUGAAAGAGUAUCGGAAUCCAGUAAAUGUUGCAUUUCCGAGUUUUGUAUUCAAGGUUUUUCUUGUAAGAGAGAGUUCUUGUAUCCCUGCACGCUUGUGUCUCGUGAGUUCGUCGCGUCUUGCUUUACCUUUUUGUUUAUGCGUUUCUACCUUGUUGGAGUUGGACGUAGGUCGCGCAGCAUUGUUGCCGGAAACCGGCCAUCCUACUCAGCUCUAACGGUCAGCAAGAAUUCCUGAUACUUGAAAAGCAAAGUGAGUCUGAUUAGAAUGGCAUUGGUGUUUAAGCAAAUUUUGGAGAGCAUAAUGGGAUUUUCCAAUGUUUUGGGGCGUGAAAAAUGUGAAAGUUACUUCCUUUUUCAUGGUGAAGUGAUUCUUAGUGAUGGAUUCCGAGCUGCAUUAUAUUUUCUUGGUCUUGCUUACUGUUUCAUUGGCCUGUCAGCUAUAACAGCCCGUUUCUUCCGGUCAAUGGAGAAUGUUGUGAAGCACACACGGGAGGUGGUAUAUAUUGAUCCUCAGACAAAAGCUGAAAUUAUUAGAGAGGAGAAGGUUUGGAAUUACACUAUUGCAGAUGUUACCCUUCUGGCCUUUGGGACUAGCUUCCCUCAAAUAUCCUUAGCUGCUAUUGAUGCCAUUAGAAACAUUGGGGACUUGUAUGCUGGAGGUCUUGGUCCUGGAACCCUUGUUGGUUCUGCUGCAUUCGACCUUUUUCCCAUCCAUGCUGUAUGUGUUGUAGUCCCAAAAGCUGGAGAAUUGAAAAAGAUAUCAGAUAUUGGUGUAUGGCUAGUGGAGCUCUUUUGGUCCUUCUGGGCUUAUGUUUGGCUGUACAUAAUUUUGGAGGUAUGGACCCCAAAUGUGGUUACAAUUUGGGAGGCCUUAUUGACGGUACUACAGUUUGGAUUACUUCUUAUACAUGCUUAUGCUCAAGACAAGCGUUGGCCAUACCUAUCACUCCCUUUAACAAGAAGUGAGAGGCCGAAGGAAUGGGUGCCAGAAGAGGCUAUUAGACAUGAUAAAAAUGAGUAUGAUGAGCACUCUGAGACAAUUCCCAUUGGUGAAGAUGAAAAUUGGAACAUUGUUGAUAAUUUCUCCAUUCAUUCAGUAGAUAGAAAAGCAUAUCAAGAGGUACCUGGAAGUGAAGAUGCAGCUGAGACCUCACACAAAAUAAAGAACCCUCAUGUAUUUCAACUAUGGAAAGAGCAAUUUGUGGAUGCACUCAUGUUGGAAACCCCAGCAUCAAGGAAGUUGAACAAUAAAGGUCUAUGGCUAGCUAGUAUGUUUUGGCAAUUGCUCCUUGUACCAUGGAAGCUUCUAUUUGCUUGUGUGCCUCCCUAUCAUAUUGCUCAUGGUUGGAUUGCCUUCAUUUGCUCUCUGCUUUUCAUUAGUGGGAUAGCUUACAUUGUGACAAAGUUGACAGAUCUUAUAAGCUGUGUAACAGGUUCCCCUUUGGUGAAAAUCAAACUUCUACCAUUCUCUUUGUAGUUGAUGAAUAUGCUUUUUGCCUAAAUUCUAGCCAGUAAAACUCACUCUUUUUAUCUUCUAUUUUCCUUCAGGAAUAAAUGCUUAUGUCAUAGCAUUUACAGCACUAGCUAGUGGCACUUCAUGGCCAGACUUAGUUGCGAGUAAAAUUGCUGCUGAACGUCAACUAACAGCAGACUCUGCUAUUGCUAACAUCAUCUGCAGCAAUUCAGUGAACAUUUAUGUAGGUAUUGGAAUUCCAUGGCUGAUAGAUACUGCAUACAACUUCAUUGUAUAUAGAGAAGCAUUGCACAUACAAAAUGCAGAGGGACUCAGCUUCUCUCUGCUUGUGUUCUUCUGUACCUCUGUAGGCUGUAUUGGAGUCUUGGUGUUACGGCGUCUUACACUUGGGGCGGAGCUUGGAGGCCCCAGGAUUUGGGCAUGGAUUACAUUUGUGUACUUCAUGCUUCUUUGGAUUAUUUUUGUUGUGCUCUCUUCCCUCAAAGUUUCAGGCAUCAUAUGAAAAUAAUAAUAUCUUCCUCGUAUUUUUUUGAUCAAUCAUGCUUCAAAUAUUUAGUUUUCCUCCCCUCAUACAUACACAUCAU